UUUCUUUCUUCUUCCUUCAUCUCUACCGUUACCAUUGGGUCGUCGGCAGCCCUUUCACUCUCUAUUGCAACCUCACGUCGUUCCACAAUGUUCCAUCUCGAGGUCGACUUCCAGAGAUGGGCGUUUUCUCUACACAAUCCCUCAACCCCUGCAGUUCCGAGGCUUUCACUUCGUAGCUAAGGUGUAGUAGAAGCUUCUUUAACUUCGAAGUUACCCAUUUUGUCUUAUCGCUUAAUUUUUAGACCUCCAGAAAGUUGGAAAUUAGCCUCCUUGAGCUGUUUGAAUUCAAGUUCAACUUAGUCAUUCAUGGGUAUUUGUCCAUGUUCGAAAAUAUGUUCAUCUGAGUUGCUUUUGCUCGACAAUCGAGUUCACUACCAUCUCUUUUCAAGAAGAGUGUGCUAUUCUUCCUUGUCUGUGUUGUUGGUGGAAGACCUUGUGUUUGAUGAAAGUCCAGUAGCUCAAAUUAAAGUGCUUCCUGAAGAAAACUUCAAAAGAAAUCGUUCAAUUGUUAGGAGGAAGGGGAAGCUCUUUCCUAUAGUUGUUCGGGUACUAAAAUCUUUGAACUGGAGGGUUGCGAGGCAGAUAAGAUUCUCAACAGCCGUGAAACGUUAUGGGUAUUUGAACUCUCUAUGUGCAUUUAGAAUUAUGGUUCAUGUAUUUGCAUUGGCGGAAAUGCAGAUGGAAGUCUACUCUCUUCUUAGAGAUAUUGUUUCCAACACUAGGAAGGCUGAGCAAGAUUUAUCUGCAUUGCUCCCAUUUCUUAUGGACUCAAAUUAUGCUGUGGAAAAGUCAAGUAUCGUGAUUGACUUGCUUAUAAAAGUUUUUUCUGGAAAUUCAAUGGUUGAGAAUGCUGUGGAAGUGUUUAUUCAAGCCAAGAAAAUGAGAAUUAAGCCAGAUAUUUCGUCAUGCAAUUUUUUGCUCAAGUGCUUGGCUGAAGCAAACAGAGAAGAUUUGGCGAGAUAUUUGUUUGAGGAUUUGAAGGCUUCUGGCCCAAAUCCUACUGUAUAUACCUACACAAUUAUGAUGAACUUCUUUUGCCAAGGAUUAAAUGGGCGUGAUGUCAACAUUAAAGAAGCAACCUUUUUCCUAGAGGAAUUAAUGAGGAGUGGUGAGAAACCAACUGUUGUAACGUACAGCAUUUACAUCCAUGCACUUUGUAAAGUUGUUUCUGGUCAGACUGCUUUAGACUUCAUUCAAGAUCUGAGACUCAAGAACCAACCUCUUAAUGCUUAUUGUUAUAAUCCAAUUCUUCAUAAAUUUUGUCAAGAGGGUAAGCCAGAGGAAGCUUUGAAGGUUUUGCAGGAAAUGAGGAGUUAUGGAAUACUACCAGAUGCAUAUAGUUAUAGUAUUUUGGUUGAUGGGUUCUGCAAGAGAGGAGAAAAUAAUAAAGGUCUCGAUCUGAUUGAGGACAUGGAACUUUGUCAACUAAAACCAUCCCUAGUCAGCUAUUCGUCUCUGAUUUAUGGUCUUUGUAAGAGCGGAUUGAUGGAUCUCUCCCUAGAUAUUUUUCGUAACCUUCAGAAACUUGGUUACAAAUAUGACUUGAUUGUUUAUGACAUUUUGAUUGGAGGAUUUUGUUUACACGGUAAUAUGGAGUAUGCUGACAAACUUUUGGGUGAGAUGUUAGACGAUUUAUGUCCUGAUGCUUUUAAUUUUAGUGGAAAGAUUUGUUGGCUUUGCAAGAUGGGACGCUUUGAUAAAGCCACAGGACUUCUCAAUCUCAUGGUAAAAUACUGUGGUUUGGCUGAUACGAGGACUUGCAAUUUUAUUGUUCAUGGGUACUGCAGAGAAGGGAACUUAGAGGAGGCCCUGAAAUUUAUGAUUUAUAUGAAAGAUCACGAUAUUAUGCCUAACUCAUACACCUUCAAUAUAAUCAUGAAGAGAUUAUGUGAGGAAGGAAGACCAGAAAAGGUGUGGGAGCUUUUCCCUGUAAUGCUAAAGUUGAAUAUAUUUCCAGGGUUGGUACAUUAUAAUACUCUUAUUGAUGGUUUUGCAAAGCAUUCUAACAUGAAAAAGGCAUUAAUGCUGUAUGAAAGAAUGGAAAGACUAGGAGUUCCACCCAACACUGUCACUUCUACUAUUAUUAUUAAUAUGUUGUGCCAGAGGAAUGAAACAUAUUGGGCAUAUAAAUUAUUUAAGAAAUUGAUUGUAGAAGGUACAAGUCCAGAUAAGAUUCUGUACACGUCUAUGAUAGCUGGAUUUAGUGGAACGGGAGACAUGAAGAAGGCAUGUGCUUUGUUUAAUAAAAUGUCCAAUGAAGGAUGUUCACCUACUGUUGUUACUUAUACUUGUUUAAUUGAUGGAUUCCUCAAGUUAAAACGCUUGGAUCUUGCAAGUUUUUUGGUUGAUGAUAUGAAGAGAAAUAAUCUUACACCAGAUGUGAUAAUUUACACGGUUCUUAUUGUUGGGUUCCUUAGACUUGGAAUGAUUGAAAAAGCAUAUGAACUGGUUAAUGAAGUGAGAGCAGAUGGUAUAAUUUCAGAAGAUGUUACAUUUCAAGGGCUGGCUUCUAGCAUUGUUAAUCAGAAGUUGGAGAGAUGAGAAAAUGCUUUGACUGUGGCUUACUUGAAGAAGAGUCCUACCAGUUGGAUGAAGAAGGAUUUCAUGGAAAUGUUUCUCAUAGAAGUCCUGUGCAUUUCCCGAGAGAAGAGGAACUAAUGCUAUCUACAUCCAAAGACAGAACACAAGUCGGUAGCAAUUGGCACACAAGUAAAGUUCUACUCGUGUGGAUUGAUUGAGAGAUUCUAAAUGUAGAUUGUAGAAAAUGCCUGCACUUGUCAAGGAUAAUCUUGCUCAUUUGGAGGGACCGCUCAAACAAAUGAAAGAUUGCUGAAGGAUGAAGAGCUGAUGGAUUUUCAGAUUUUAUUGGCAAUUUUAGAGGGUUAAAAAGUAGUGGGAAGUUAUGAUACAAGUUGGAAGUUGGAAGCUUCAGGCUUGGUUUCUGUAAAUCUUUGUUCAAGCAUCUGGUCGCCUCUUCUCCCAUGGAUUCAAAUCUGUACAAAGCUUUGUGGAAAUCAAAUUGUCCAAGAACAAUUAGUACCAUAUUUUGGGUUAUGAUCUAUGGAUCUCUUAAUUGCUCAAAGUGCCUUCAAAAUCUCCUUGUUGUGAUUGUUUUCUUCGCUUGAUCAGUUUCAAGAAGCAAGUUAUUGGAGGCCGCUGUUUUUAGGGUGGCUUUGUCAACAUGUUGUCAUAGUUGGAGGUUGAUUUUUUCAGAUUUUGUUUGCCCCUCCUCAAGCUCUUGGCGACCUUUUCUAUUUGGAUUCAUCUGGUUGUAAGACCUUGUGGUUGUCCAAUUCUCAAGUCGGUUUGUUCCUCUCUUGUGGCUCGGGUUUUUGGAUUGUUGGUUAUUCAGUGGUGUUUGGAAUUUUCGUUCAAAGUGCCAAUUUGUUCUAUCUUGGGAUAUAUUUGUUUGUAUUUGUGUUAAUUUUCUGGUCAAGUCCAACUCUGGAUUAUUUGUGGUUGUAUUUGCUUUAUCUUCUUGUUUUGCUUAUUUUGUCUCAUUGUACUUCGAGCAUUAGCCUUUUUUCAUUUCUUCAAUGAAAAACUAUUUCCAUUUAAAAAAUAAUAAUAAUGUUGAUGUGUAUGAAGAAUGGGGAGAUUGAGGGGUCAACAUACUCUAUGUUCAGGUAAGGAAAAGUCUUUUGUUAAUCUUAAUGGGUUUUUGUUUUUGUUUUUUUUUUUUUCUUUUCAAAGUGAUUUUUGGCUUUAAGAUUAACUGGGUAAGAGCUCAAUUAUUGGCUUAAAUUUCUACCCCUCCAAGUUAAGCUCAUGGGCUUCUUUGGGGGGUUGUAAGGUGUAUCAGCUCCUUGGGUGGUAAUCGGAAGAGUUAGGCCUUUUGGAUCUUGUGGUGGAAAAGAUUAACAAAUGAUUCUCUAUUUGGACAAAUGUUUCUUUUCUAAUGAGGAAAGACUCACUUUUAUUCGGAUGAUGUUGAGUAGUGUCCCAAUUUAUUUCAUGCCUCUUUAAAAUUUCCAUUUGGGGUGGACGAGAAAAUUUUGAGUUAUGAGAAUUAUUUUUGGGAGUGGAAGGACGAGGGAGGGACAAUUGGAUAAGUGGGAGGUGGUGUUGAAGCCUAUAGAUUUAGUUGGUCUAGGUAUUGGAAGUCUUACAUAAUAACACCUUCUUGGUAAAGUAAUUGUGGCGCUUCUUUAUGGAGCUGGGUGAUAGUGACUAGUGAGUAGAUAUGACAUUCAUCCUUUUGAGUGGGGUGCAAGUGAUGAUUUGAGAGGCCUUUGCGAAACCCUCUAGAAAAGCUAUCUCAUAUGCUCUCUCUCUCUCUCUCUCUCUCUCUCUCUCUCUCCCCACCCCCCUUUUCUUUUUCCUUUUUAGCUAAUCAUUUGCUCUGCUGAGAAGGUUUAUUUUUGGAAGAAUCAGUAGGUAGGGGAUGAGGCUCUUUGUGUUUUGUUUUUGAGGUUAUAUCAUCUUUUGUAUAAGAGCUUGCAUCAUGUGGCCUUGGUGUUGCCUUUCCGAACCCUUCUUGGAUUUCUCAAGGUUUCAGGGCAUUGGAAGAGGACAAGUCUUUUUCUUUUUUAAGACUAGCAUGUAAUUAUGUGAGAAGGGAUGUUCGAAUUUGGGCCCUUGAUCCUUCGGGUUUUUCUUGCCAUUAUUCUUGUUGCCGCUGUUUUUUCCUCUCUCUACAAGGUUAAAACUCCAAAAAAGGUUAAUGUGCUUGCGUGACAGGUUUUACAUGAGAAUUAAUACACGUGGAUCGCAUACAUUAAUACACGUGGAUCGCAUACACAAGGAGGAUCGGGAUCAUGCCAAUUUGCUCACCACCUUUAGAGCUACUGGUUGAGAGCAUUUGGUGUUUGUUGGGUGUGGAUUAGAGAUGGCAUGGUUUAGUUGAAGUAGGAACUUUUGAUUUCUUGCAUCGAGGAGUAUGGUAAAGUUUUGUGGUGGAGUAGCUUCUUUGCAGUUUUGUGGGGUAAAGAUUGAGAGGAAUAAUAGAAAUUUUGAGAGGUGGAAAGAUUUGGAAGGUGGCUAGGUUUAACGUUCUUAUCAGCAUUGUUCACUAUUUUUUUUGUUUUGUUUAAUUAUGAGUCUUUUUUUUUAAUAAAGAAACAUUUUAUUGAUAAAUGAAAUAAGGGAAGAACCCUAAAACACCUAUAGGUGGGGAUUACUAGAGAGAUUGCCAAUUGGUAACUAAGAAAGAUAAACUAUAGUGUUUGUAAGGGUCCUUUAUUUUGCACCAAGAAAAAGUUGUAAAAAGAACAGAUUCCAAAAACUUAUGAGCUUGGUCUUGUUCGUUUAUAUUGCAUCCCUUUUUCGUGGUUAGGGCUAGGCUCCCUUUUUUGUUGGGGCUUGUGUUUUUUUCCAGUGAAUGCUUUUCAUCUAACGUUUUGAGGCAAACAGUUUACUAAGUUGCGAUAAUUCGAAGGAUUCCCUAGAAAAAUGUAGAGCAAUCUAUCCUCUAAGGUUCUAAAGCACACAUUUCCCUUCUGAUUUUUUAACCACGCUCAGCUCUCUCUUUGGUACGUUAUGCAUGUAAGUUGAAGUUCCAUGCAUCAAAAUACUAAAAUAUCCUUUUGCCUUGCUAUUAAUGAAUUUACUGCUGAUAGGGAUUGAUAUGGGAGCCCUAGUGAAUUGGCCUGCUGCUGAUGUUGU